CGUUUCGGGGAGGCGCCACGAGAAAAGAGGGAGAAAACAAGAGGGAAGCGGAACAAAUCGAUUGCCCGUCCCGCUGCCUCCAGAUCGCGCGCCAAAUUCCUUGUUUUGCCGCGGAUUUGGUGCUGCAUUCUUAUUUUUAUUUUGUCAGGGGGCAUUGGCGCAGUUUCCAGGCUUGGAUUUUCCCACUUUUUUUGCUUUUUUUUUCCGCCCCCCAAGUUCUUCGUUUAGAUUUCUUGGUGGGUUGGGGAAUCCCAGAUAAGGGAAACUGCUUCUGUUGGACUUUCUCCGGCUGCGUCCGCCGAUUUCAGCUGCAUUCUGGGGACUGGGGGGCAUUGCGGCUUUGCAUGCCGAUGUUUGCCGUGGCGCCCCCUAAUUUUAUUUCCCCCAGCUUCAGUGAUUCUUUCUGAGCUUCCUCGCCUUUGUUUCUCCUUGCCUGUAAUCCUUGGAGGAGGCGCCAUUCUGGAAAUCAUUACCUUGGUAAAAUCGAUGGGUUUGGUCGAGCAAUCGGUUCUACGGUGCUGAGGAAUCGUUCUCUAUCCCGAGACUGUUUUUUUUUACGGAGAAAACGAAUUCCUGGUGCAUUUCCCAUGGCAAUUGCAAUUGACAUGGUUGCAUUGGUGUAGAAGGAGGCAGCAACGAUGAGGUGCUGCAGGAGGGAAUGGCUCCUAUCCUUGUGCCUCAUCUCUAUUCAGCUCCUCGCGCCACCGGUAUUCGAGGGAUUACUCGUUGGCGCACAGGGCUUGUCGCCGCCGGCCUUGACACCACCCCUUGUCAAACAAGUAGAUGAAAUGGUGGAACAUGUAUGGCUCACAUGUGGCCUAGACAGGGGAUCUCUUGAAGACGUUAGAAAACAUUUCAAUUACAACCAUGUAUUUGACAUUCUCCGUAUGGUCUCUGGAAAAGAUACCAAGGACAACUCUGAAGACAACAGCAAAGCAUUGUCUCCAGAAAUUAAGAACACUUUGCUGAACUGCUUAAGCAAGCAGCCACUUGUCAUUGCUGCACAGGAGAGCGCAAAAAACUUGCCUAUUGAUUAUAUCAAAAUGCUUCUUGCCUCACUAAGAAGAGAUGUGGCUCAGGGACCUCCAGGUGCAGCGGCAACUCCUGCACCACCAGAAGCUGUGAAAACAACUCCAUCACCUUCUCUAGGGGAACCUUCCUCACCAAUACCAGACCAAAAACAAGAUCCUUCAUCGGAAACAUCACCUAAAGAAAAGACAGUGCCUCCAACAAAAAUUUCAGUGGCCAAAAAGGAGGACAGUAGUGGCAUGCCAACCACAGCUAUCGUUGGUCUGACUGUGUCUGCUAUAGCGUUGCUAGCUCUUCUCUGCUUAUGCUGCUGUAUGUACCGUGCAAACAAGGCCUUUUCAUCCAAUGUAAGGGAUGAUAAACCGCUUCUGGGUCUGAACCACAGUGAUUCAUCUGCUGCUUCUCAUAAGUUUUCGGAAGGAAAUCCAAUUGAUAUCAACAAGCUGGGAGCACUGCCAAUGAAGUCAGAGGCUGUCCAAAAUGGCAAUGUCAAACUAAGCUCAUCUGAAGUCCCUAACACCGAUGUUCACCCAGCAGUCUACAGCAGUUUGACUGAGACAAUGGCUUCUUCUACUGGUUCUGCCCCAGUAUCGAAGCCAUCACCUCCACCAGUUAUGCCACCUGCAGCCUCUACACCUCCAAAGGCUCCUUCAUCAACUCCUCAAGCACCUGCACCACCUUCAAAACCUGCUCCAGUUCUUCAUGCAGAAUCCUCACCGCUACCUUCUCCAAACAAUGCACCUCCACCAAAAAAUGCACCUCCGCCAAACACUGCACCUCCGCCGAGCGCUGCACCUCCACCAAAAGCUGCACCUCCACCGCCACUGCCAAAAUCUACUGGCCCAGCUGGCCCACCACCUCCAGCAAUGCCUAGUUCGUCAAAAACACGUCCACCGCCACCCAUGAAGAAGUCAGGCAAGGUGGAUGAUGGUGCAGAUUUUCAUGAAGCUAAAACAAAACUCAAGCCCUUCUUUUGGGAUAAAGUAACAGCAAAUGCUAAUCAAUCCAUGGUGUGGGAUCACAUAAAAUCUGGAUCAUUCCAGUUCAAUGAGGAUAUGAUUGAAACCCUUUUUGGUUAUAACUCUGCGGACAAAACAGGCAGCGAUGGCAAAAAAGAUUUAUCAUCAAAGGUUGGUCCUCAGUUUGUGAGGAUACUUGACCCUAAAAAGGCACAGAAUCUGGCAAUAUCGUUGAGGGCUCUGAGUGUCUCACCUGUGGAAGUAUGUAGUGCAGUUAAGGAAGGGAAUGAACUUCCAUCAGACUUGAUAGACACCCUACUAAAGUGGAUCCCAAGUAACGAUGAGGAGCUUAGGCUUCGACUAUACACUGGGGAACUCACUCAACUUGGUCCUGCGGAGCAAUUCCUAAAAGCAAUUAUUGACAUUCCAUAUGUUUUCCAACGCCUGGAUGCAUUACUUUUCAUGUCCAAUCUUCCAGAGGAAGCUUCAAAUGUGAAGCAAUCUUUUGCUACUUUAGAGGUAGCUUGCCAAGAGCUUACAAAGAGCCGCCUUUUUUUGAAGCUACUGGAAGCGGUCCUUAAGACAGGAAAUCGGAUGAAUGUUGGCACUUUCCGUGGAGGAGCUCAGGCUUUUAAACUUGACACGCUCCUUAAGCUUUCUGAUGUCAAAGGAACUGAUGGGAAGACAACACUGUUGCAUUUUGUUGUUCAAGAAAUCAUUCGUUCUGAAGGGGUUCGUGCUACACGGGCUGCAAAAGAGCAGAGCACCAGUGUAUCAAGUAUGGACACCAAUGAUGUUACUGAUGGCAAUGAUCAGCAAACUGAAGAUGAUUACAAACAACUUGGACUGAAAGUGGUGUCCAAUUUAGGUGAUGAACUCCAAAAUGUCAGGAAGGCAGCAAUCCUAGAUGCAGAUCAAUUGGCUAUGUCGGUAGCAAGCCUUGGCCACAAGCUUGUCAAAACCAAAGAAUUCCUGAACACGGGCAUGAAAAGUUUGGAUGAAGACAGCGGGUUUCACCACAAGCUUAAGCAUUUCACUGAGCAGUCUCAGACUGAUGUUACUUUCUUGCUAGAGGAAGAGAAGAAAAUACGGUCAAUGGUCCGAAGCACAGUUGAUUAUUUUCACGGGAGUACAGGGAAGGACGAAGGCCUACGGUUAUUUGUGGUAGUGCGAGAUUUCCUCACAAUGCUGGACAAGGUAUGCAAAGAGGUGAAAGAAGCAUCAAAAGUAGCGCCAAAGAAAACGAAGACCCAUCAGCCAUCCCAAACAUCCCAAUCAUCUUUCAAUGAUCCAAGGCGCAACCUAUUCCCUGCAAUUCAAGACCGGAGGGCAGACAGCUCAAGCUCAAGUUCUGAUGAGGACGACUAGCUGUAUAUCAAAUCAAGGAACCCAUCGUUUUCCCCUUCGAAGUGUGCUGCAUUGACCCUUCCAAACAAUAGUCAGUGAUACGAGACAUGAAAAUCGAUGGGGGGUACGAUAACAUGGACGCUGUUUUGUCCAUUCACUGUACCAACAGAAUCAAAUUGCUAAACGGCCUAAACCUGGCAUGCUGUACACUUGUGCUGUUGGGAAGAAUUGGCAAGUAAUGGGACCCGGCUUGGCCUUCCGAGGUGGUUGUUUGGCACUCUCCUAUGGAGGAAAAAAGAUGUUCAUGGUCGGAGGCAGUGUCCAUCCAAAAGAUGCAACCAAAGGCACAUUGGGCGAUUCAAAGGAAGAAAACUGACCUAGUUUAGGGCAUAACAUGUACGAUGAGGUAGGCUGACUCUGAUACUGUUCUUUUGCUCAUUAUACACAUGUACCAAACACACAGAAAUGCAUUGCAGAGACUUGUGAAUCUGAUGCUUUUGUUUGCAAUUUCACAACAUAUUCGCAAACAGACCAAAACAAAGGACAGUUAGUACAAGUUUGUCCAUUACUCAUGCUCUUGCUACAGCUGAAUGGCCCUCAGAUACCUCAUCAAACCAAGAAUUGUGAUAAUUCUUCAAAUUUCUUGUUCCCUGUCUCUGUAAACUCGAUGUUUUUUAUGUAUUUUAAGGGAGAGAUAGUGGGGUGAACUUGAGCAUUCAGGCUAGCUGUGUUCUGUUAACUGUCGGCUGCCGCAGUGCUGGCUUGCCGCUUGCCGCCGCUGCUCAACUGCCAUUUUUCAUGAA